UUCAUGGCUCUUUCCGCUAAAAAACAAAAACAACCCCCGCCGGGUUCCCAAAUUGGAAUUUCAUACAGGGAUGCAGUAACUAAACGCCUCCCUACCACCAAAAAGUCUCUUAUCGAUUUAGACACAUCUGUCAGUAACGAUAUCACAGGAACGGUUGACACGAGAUCUCGCCAAGGUUUUUUACUCGACAUCUCGAAAGUUCCAACGAUCUCGGACGUUGAACAUCUCACUACCAUUGCCCACCAGUACUCCGGGGCAAAAAAUUUCUAUGGGAUCAAAUUUUUAGGCAAAAGCUCUGAGCGAUAUAUAGAGAUCUACCCCUCUAACGAGAUUUUAACAAAAUUCACAGCUGAAGGUGUUUACUACGAGAAAUUGAAAACCCGACUCCUUCCAUGCCCUGCCAUAGAAGGCGAUGGAAAGGUAAUCCAACUAAGCCUUUCUGAGAUUCCUUUAUUACCUGAACCCGAAAUACUGGAAGGUUUACGUAAAGCUUUAGUAUCAUUUGGCACGGUCAUUGAUAUUGGCCUCCGAUAUUCAUCCACUGAAGGAUGGUUUUUGGGUACCGGGUAUGCGAUUAUUCAGCAAGUUACAGGACAAUCGUAUGCCACUCUCCAGCAUACAAUUAAUUGGAACGAAGAGGAAUACUGUUAUGCGACCUUCCCGGAUAUGCCUACUUGGUGCCGAUACUGUCACUCUGAAGGCCAUACCAAGUAUGAAUGUCAAAAAGCGUCUGCUGGUAUUUUGUGCUACUCUUGUGAUAAAUAUGGCCACCGUGCAGCUGAUUGUCCUGACCCUAAGUCUAAAAAAAAGAGACCCAAUCAGUUUAAGAAACCUAGAAAGACCUACAAAGAUCAAUCCCAAAAUGAAGUUGCUAAACCGGAUGCU